AGAGGCCCUCAGAAGUCUGACAGCCCAGCAGAGUCCGAUAUACCCUCAGCCCUGGAACAGGAGUCUCAGCAAGAGGACUAAGUGGGAGCAACCCAGCCUUCCAUCCUGACUACUCUCAGGAGAGAUGGCACCAGCCAGACCAGGAGGAUUCUUGCUGCUCCUGCUGCUGGGACUGUGGGUGGCUGAGACCCCAGUCAGUGCCAAGCCCAAGCACAUGACCUCAUCUCAGUGGUUUGAAACUCAGCAUGUGCAACACAACACAAAAGCAUGCAACUCAGCUAUGGGUCACAUCAACAACUCCACAAAACACUGCAAAAACCUCAACACCUUCCUGCAUGAAUCCUUCUCCAGUGUGGCCACCACCUGCCAGACCCCCAACAUAACCUGCAAGAACAGCCAUGAAAACUGCCACCAGAGCCCAGGCCCUGUGUCCCUCACCACAUGUGAACUCACCUCAGGGAAGUACCCAAACUGCAGGUACAAAAAGAAGCAUCUGAAUGCUCCUUACGUAGUGGCCUGUAACCCUCCCCAAAGAGGGGACUCUGGGAAACUCCUGCUGGUUCCUGUGCACUUGGAUGAAGUCCUUCAUGUUUCCAGACUUCCUGACUCUUUGAUUGACUCUUGAUUCCUCCUCCAGGCCUCUGCACCACUCCUUCUUGGCUCCUUCUCCAUCCAGAGUGUUCUUUUCCCUUCAUCUCUGAGGACUCUUCCUGGUUUGGGCUCUUUGGAGAAGCUGACAGGGAGCUGAGGUUGACACGUUAGUGGUCUGAGAUUCUAGGAGAUG